AUGAUCGAGACGCCGGAGCUCCGGUGGGCCUUCAUCCGGAAGGUCUACGUCAUCGUGUCGCUGCAGAUGCUCGUCACGGUGGCCGUCGCCGGCGCCAUGUACCUCACCCCGGCCGUGAGGAACUUCUUCCUCUCCCAGACCCCCGCCGCGCUCGUCGCCUUCAUCCUCAUCCUCAUCUCCCCCCUCCUCGUGAUGCUGCCGAUGGUGUACUUCCGGCAGAAGCACCCGAUCAACCUGGUGUUCCUGUUCAUCUUCACCGUCUGCAUCAGCGCCUCCGUGGGGCUGGGAUGCCUCACCAAGCGAGGGCCGAUCAUCUUCGAGGCGGCGGCCAUGACGCUCGUCGUCGUCGCCGGGCUCACCGCCUACACCUUCUGGGCGGCCAAGCGCGGGCACGACUUCGAGUUCCUGGGGCCGUUCCUCUUCGCCGCCUGCCUCAUCCUCUUCAUCUACGCGCUCCUCAUGGUGCUGUUCCCCUUGGGCAAGACGGCGGCGCUGGUGUACGGCUGCAUCGCGUCGCUCGUCUUCUCGGCCUUCAUCAUCUACGACACCGACAACCUCAUCAAGAGAUACACCUACGACGAGUAUGUCGCCGCCUCCAUCACGCUCUACCUCGACAUCAUCAACCUCUUCAAGGCGAUCCUCAUCGCACUCGAAGGCGCCGACUGAUGGA